GAUUGGAUAAUUUCUGUUUACUGUUUUCAUAAAAUACAUUUGAACUUAACGCAAGUUAUUUCGUUGUCAAUAAGUAAAGUUCAAGCUUUAUUUACAUACUCAAUAAUUGCGUAUGUCUCCCCACUUUCCUGCAUUACUGCAAGCCAAAGGCUGUCUUGAAGUUAGUCUUAAGCUUACACCGUAGGGAUAGCAAGUCGUCUAACUAAAAGAAAAUUGAGGAAGAUUGGUUACGAACUGAGGCAAAAACAUGCCGUUAAAACUAAUCAUAGUGACGUGUGUGUUAUACCACAGUUCGGUGGCGGAACAUUACAAAACGAAGCCUGACUUCGUAAAGACUUGCUUCAAGAGUGACCCUGAAUUCGACGACUGUUCAAAGACGGCUGUCCAACAACUUUUCAAUGCCUUGGGUCCAGGUCUUCCAGAAAUAGGGAUGGAGCCUCUGGACCCGUUGAAAAUUCCGAAAAUAAGAAUUUUGCAAGGCGAUGGACCAGUUAACGUUAAUGCUGCACUGGAUAACGUCACUGUGACCGGAUUCGGCCAAACAGAGGUUUUAUUGAGCCAAGUGGAUGGUAAAACAUACGAGUUUUAUACUAGAGUAAGAGUUCCAAAUAUCAGGAUAGAGGGCACUUAUGAUCUCAAAGGAAAGAUUUUAUUGAUACCUUUGGUUGGACGCGGACGCUGCUGGUUUGAACCAACGAACAUGACAAUUGACAUUGUCAGCGACGUCAAAACUUAUGACAAGGAUGGCUUUGUAUUUUUUAACGUCACGGCUGCACAUGUAAAAUACAACAUUGGCGGUAUGAGUUUGCGGAUGAAUAAUUUAUUUGAUGGCAUUAAAUCUUUAGAGGAUAGUACGAACUCGUAUCUUAACGCUAAUUGGCGGCCAGUAUCCGAAUCUUUACGACCUAUUCUGACCAAGACAAUUGAGGACAUUCUGUUGGAGUUUAUGCAACAAUUAUUUCAUAAUCUGCCUGGGAAAUUCAUGAUUGGGGAUGUUAAGAACGUUGUUAACAAGAAACCUGAUAAGAAACAUUAAUUUUAAAUAUCGGGUUUUGUGCGAGUAUAAAAUAAGUAUGACUGUCUGUCUAUGUUUAAAAAAAGGUAAUUUAUGUAAGUUUAAAUUGACAUUACUUAUAAUUUAUAGCUGAAAAAAACCAAACCUUUUUAUUAUUGGAUUAGUUACUGGUGUACCUACCUACUCACUUAUUUUGUAAGAAAAUAGUAUUUUACAUUACAUUUAACUAAAAUAAAAAUAUUAAUUUAUUAGUCGUUUCAACUAGGCAUUUGCUUGUCUCCAUAGUAAAUGUUUGUAAUAAAAACAGAAAAUUUAUUUAUGAGAUUAAUGAGUAAGUUCAUUUAUGUCAUUGAAUACUAUGAAGUACGAACCACAAAUUAAAUUAU